CCUUUAAGAGAUGGGCGGGCCUCCCCAGGAGGAAGGCCGGCGGGAGCGCGGCAGCCACGCGCAGCCCAAACAAUGGCGACUGCUGCGAAGCGGCCGAGGGUGGAGGGAGCCUCCGGAGGCGGAGAUGACCCUCUCCCGGCCUUCCUGGACUGGUGCCGCAGGGUCGGACUGGAGCUGAGUCCCAAGGUUUCCGUGAGCCGGGAAGGAACCGUGUCGGGCUACGGGAUGGUGGCCCUGGAGGACGUGCAGCGCGGGGAGCUGCUCUUCGUGGUACCUCGGGCCGUGCUCCUGUCCCAAGAAACCACCGGCAUCCGGAGCCUCCUGGAGAAAGAGCAUCGGGCCCUGCAGAGCCAGUCCGGCUGGGUACCUCUUCUCCUGGCCCUCCUCUACGAGUACCUGGCAGAGGACUCCCCAUGGAAGUGCUACUUCUCCCUCUGGCCGCCCCUGAGCAGCCUGCAGCACCCCAUGUUCUGGUCUGAGGAAGAGCGCAGCCAGCUACUGCAGGGUACUGGUGUGCCUGAAGCUGUGGAAAGGGACCUGGCCAAUAUCAGCCAUGAGUAUGGCACCAUUGUCCUGCCCUUCUUGGAAGCCCAUCCAGACAUCUUUCCCCUCCAGGCCCAGUCUCUGGAGCUCUACCGCCAACUUGUGGCCAUGGUCAUGGCCUACAGUUUUCAGGAGCCCCUUGAAGAGGAGGAGGAUGAGAAGGAGCCCAAUCCCCCUAUGAUGGUGCCAGCUGCAGAUAUCCUGAACCAUGUGGCUGACCACAAUGCCAAUCUGGAAUACUCUCCAGAAUAUUUAAGAAUGGUAGCCACCCAGCCAAUCCAUAAAGGCCAAGAGAUCUUUAACACCUAUGGCCAGAUGGCUAACUGGCAACUUCUCCACAUGUAUGGCUUUGCUGAACCAUAUCCUGGGAACACAGAUGACACGGCUGACAUUCAGAUGGCGACGGUGCGUGCAGCGGCCCUACAGGGAGCCACAACGGAGGCAGAGAGACGUCUAAUAUGUGAGCGUUGGGAUUUCUUGUGCCAGCUGGAGAUGGUAGGCGAGGAGGGUGCAUUUGUGAUCGGUAGAGAGGAGGUGCUUACUGAGGAGGAGCUGUCUGCUACACUCAAGGUGCUUUGCAUGCCAGCCAAGGACUUCAGGGAACUUAAGGAACAAGAUGGCUGGGAGGAAGAUGAUGGUGAGGACAGCUUAACACUGACCAAUAAAACUAUCCCCAAACUCAAAGCUUCAUGGAAGACACUCCUCCUAAACAGUACUCUGCUGACCCUGCAGGCUUAUGCCACAGACUUCAAAAGUGAACAAGAACUACUUUGCAACAAGGCAGCUAGGGCCCAACUAAGCUGGAGGGAAGAACAGGCCUUGCAGGUGCGCUACGGGCAGAAACAGAUCUUGCAUCAGUUGUUGGAAUUGACCAGCUCCUAGCCUCUGGCCUCAUUUCUUGGUCUCCCCCGCUUCCCUCUUCAAACCAGGGAGGCAAAUGAGCAGAAAUCGCUUCUCAUGUGGUUGUUUGGAUCCAACUCCUACGGUCUGAACUUUGCUGUAUUUUGUAUUGACUUUAGGUUAGUGCUAUAUAAAAUUCCUUAGUUCUGCAAUGAUUCAAACCUUACUUGGGGGAAUAAGGAAGCCAACGUAUGUUGGAACAUAGGAGACAGAAGAAGAUAAACUGCAUGGGGAUAGGGAUCAUACUACCUACUUUUACAGGGCUGGCAUGGAAAAAAUGCUUUAGUUAGUGAUCUGAUAACUGCCUUUAGUGAAAAUGACUGAAAUUCAAGCUUAAGUGGGGUUGGCUCCAUCUCUUCAAACCUAAUGAACAUGUCAGGGGCCAUCUAAUUCAACCCUCCCUUCGUCUUAUAGACAAGAAAAAUUAGGUCCAGCAAAGUUAAAUGAUUUCUCCAAGGUAGUCACACAGGUAGUUAUGGGCCAGCAGGAAGAGCUGAAUUCUGGUCCUCAGCCAGGCCUAAUUUUCCUAGGUCAUUUCUGCUUUAGUCUCCCAACUAUAGAUCAUGAAAUAUAAAAGUAUGGCACUGUU